CGUUAAAUUUUCGUUAAGUGAAAGUGAUAUUUGGAUGUGAAAAGAAAAAAUAUUUUCUCCGUAAAAAAUGAGUUAUUUGCGGAAUAGUUUGAAGGAUGCCAUUAAAUUAUCACUAAAUGGCAUCAAUCAAUCCUCUCGCACUUUGACUACAACAGCUUCACUUCGAUUGAAAGAAAUUAAAACAACGCAAGAUAAGAAUCAUAUAACAAUUGAAGGAAUAAUGGUAAAGUCUCCAAGGGAAGAAUUUCAAGUUACCCAAUUGAAGGAAGCAAGAUUGCGAGGAGAGAAGUUCUGUCCCAAAUGUACUCUGGGUUUGGAUGUGAAGCACACAGAUGUCCUGAUUCUGAGUCAGUACGUUAGAUCGGAUGGUUGCAUGCUACCACGCAGGAUAACUGGGCUGUGUAGUAAGCAACAGAGGAGAAUGUCGAUCCUUGUUGCAAUGGCUCAGAAAGCUGGAUUGAUGUCGAAUCUAACGCCGGAAAACAGUAAAAAGGACCCAAAAUUGCGCUUCAAAUGGAAAAAGUUUAAUACUUACUUCGAAGAGCAUAAAACAAAGGAGAUGAAAUACCUUUAAUACCUGUAUAAAUUUAAAAAAAAUAGAAAUGGAAUUAACUAAAUUUAA